AUGACCACUACGCAUAUAUCAUCUAUGCUCCGCCUCUUCCCCAGACCCAACCCCUACAGACUCCUCCCCACCACCACCAAAACCAAAUACACCACCACACCACCCCUCAAAAUGCGCCUCCCCUACGCCCCCACCACCCCCCCGGAAAACUCCCCCCCCACCACCACCGACAUCUACGCCCGCAUCGCCGCCCGCCGACAUCCCCGCCCGCUCAUCCCCCUCGACCUCUCCCUACUGCAUUCCCCCCCGGUCGCCGACGGCUGGAACAGUUUCCUCGGCGCCAUCCGCACCCAAACGAUCAUCGACCAGGGAUUGCUUGAGCUCGCCGUGUGUCGGGUCGCCGUGCUCACCAACGCCAUUUAUGAGUGGAAUGCGCAUGCCCCACUGGCUUUGAAGGGGGGGGUGAAGGCGGAGGAGUUGCGGGCGGUGCGGGAGUUGCCGAGUCUUGCAGGGGAGUCAGAGGGGGGGGAGUUAGAAGGGAGUGCGUUGACGGGGUUACAGCGGGCGGUGGUCCGAUAUGCGGAUGAGAUGACGAGGACGGUCAAGGUCAAGGAGGAGACGUUUCGCGCCCUACAGACCGCAGGGCUCUCCGAUCGAGAGGUGGUGGAAUUGACGACUGGGAUUGCGGGGUAUAAUUGUGUCAGUCGGGUGUUGGUGGCGUUGGAUGUGGGGGAGAAUAAUGAUAAGGAGAUGAAGAGUGUGGACGAGCUGGUUCAGUCUUGACAGUGAUUACGAUGGAGGUGAGUGUUUGGGGAUAGCUGGGGGUUGGUUGUAAAUAAGGGGAUAGUAUUUAUAUCCAUGUCAUAUUCACAAAAUCAUAAGAAAGGGGGGCAGCUAAUAAAUAUACCGAAAAUACACAUUC